GGAACAAUUCCAUUGAGAGAAAAUUUAGACAUUAAUGAGGAAUAAGAGAGACGAAGACAUGGCCAAUUACCAACGCACCCACACAUGGGUCGACAAAUUCUCCCGCCCUCAUCUACAGUGUGGGAAAUGUUCGAGCUCCGGUUCCAGCUGCAGUGGCGGUUUCUUCUCCUCUUUCGAGGCCAAGUCCCUGCCAACGGAGAACCUCAGAAACUGCGACGAUUCAGGAAUUAAUUGGCGAGGUUUCAGCGACAGAUCGGAUCACAAGUCGAAGAGCGAGAGCAGAUUAGUGAAGACAAAACUGAAAGCGCUCAAAAUAUACAAGAGCGUGAAGCAGCCGAUUUCUCCCUCCGGAAAAGUCGCCGCCUUCUUAAACUCACUCUUUUCUACCGGAACCUUAAAGAAACAGAAAUUCCCAGACAACUCGCCGCCGUCAUCAUUCUCGCUCUCCAGCCACACGGCCACGAGCACGAGCACGACUCCUUCGUUAAUGAAGCCGUCGAUUAGGUUUUUUCCGGCGAGUGACGAAGAUUGUCGCCACAAACCAUUGCUCCGAACCGGGAACAGCGACGACAUAGAUUCAAUCUUAGAUGCCAUUGAUGAAGAGCUUAUGAAGAACAAGGAUCAAAUAUUGGGGUGUGAAUUCGAUAUUUUUAGCGAUGAAAAACGAGGUUUUGACGACGGGGAUGAUGAGUUUGACGGAGCGAGCUGCGCGAGUUCGGAUUUGUUUGAAUUGGAAAAUCUAUCGGCCAUUGGAAUGAAAGAACUACCGCUUUAUCAAACUACUCAUCUUCACAAUAUUAUGCAAAGGGACUGAUUUUGUAUAGUUCAAGCAAUUUAAAUAUUAAUAGAGCUU